UCUUUUCUGAUCAUGUUGAAAACUCUGUAGGUUGUUCUCAUGUGGGACUAGCAAGGAAGGAGAAUCAUACAUUGUAGAAUGGAAUGAAAGUGAAGGAGCUGUCAAGCGGACAUAUCAUGGUCUUGGGAAGCGGUCUGUUGGGGUUGUGCAAUUUGAUACAACAAAAAACAGAUUUCUGGCUGCUGGUGACGAGUUUGUAAUCAAAUUUUGGGACAUGGAUAAUGUUAACCUCUUGACAACUACUGAUGCAGAGGGUGGAUUACCGGCUUCGCCUUGCAUUCGGUAUAAUAAGGAAGGAACAUUGUUGGCUGUCUCAACAAGUGAGAAUGGUGUCAAGAUUCUUGCAAAUUCUGACGGUGUUAGGCUUCUGCGUUCCACUGAAAGUCGUGCACUUGAUGCUUCUAGAAUGGCUUCUGAGAGUGCUGCAAAAGUAAGUCUCUCAUCAAAUUUUCCUUGACAACUUUGAUAUGUA